GGGGCACCACCAGCAUGGAGCUGAAGAGAGGGAAGACCUUCAUCAAAUCCAGUCUGCAGGUUUCUCACGAGAAACUCCCGGACCUGGCAGUCACUGUGUCCACAAAGGAAGAUGCAGGUCCCUGGCCAGGCUCACUGGGAGGGCAGCAGAGGCCUCACAGUGAGAAGGGCCCCCAGGCCAGUCCCAGUGAACAAGGAUAUGACAGAUGUCCCAGCAAAGGGGCAGGUCUGGACUCUGCCUUCUGUGGAGCCACCUUCAAACUGGUGCGGAAAAGUAAGACUCAUGACAGUGUGUCUGGGGCUGGCCAGGCAGCUGCCACCACAGGACAGCUGGUGGGCAGUGCGAGCUUCCCAGGGCCCCCUGGCAGCCAGCGCAUGAUCGACUACCGCCACUUUGUGCCCCAGAUGCCCUUCGUGCCAGCUGUGGCCAAGAGUAUCCCGAGGAAGAGGAUUUCCCUGAAACGGCCCAAGAAGUGCUUCCGGAAUCUGUUCCACAUUCGCAGAAAUAAGUCAGAGAACUUGGCCUCACUGACUGCCAAGGGGAAGACCCUGUCCUCUGCUGGGGGCCUGCUGGAUGCUGGGGAGCAGCGAGGCCAAGCCUCCCUUCCUCUGGAUGGAGGGCUGGGGCUGGACAGCCUGUACCAAGAUCUGUCUGACAGUGAGCUCCUGCCCGAUCCAUCCUUUGACCUCUGCAGGGCCCUGUGUGAGGACGUGGCCUCACUCAAGAGCUUCGACUCGCUCACAGGCUGCGGGGAGAUCUUCGCAGAUGAGAGCUCAGUGCCGACCCUGGAGCUUAAUGAUGGCCCCGAGAGCCCAGCUUGUGUGGCCCAGGCCCUGGACAGCAAAGGUCCCAGGGGUCCCUUCCAGGGCGGAGUGGAGCAGCUGGCAUCACCUGCCCAGAACGAGGUGUCAGAUUUCACCAAGUUCUGGGACAAUGUGAAUCGCUCAGUGAGGCAGCAGCAGCGUGCCUUGCUGGGCCCGUGGCUGGUGGGCCCCCAGGGGACAGACAUGGACCAGCCUAGGCUGGAUGCCUCUGGGCUGGCCGAGUUGCCCCUGUGCCCCUGCAGGGACCCUCCCAGUGGGUCCAAAGCCAGUUCCAUAGACACAAGCACCCCUAAGAGUGAGCAGCCGGAAUCCGUGUCUACUAGUGACGAGGGAUACUAUGAUUCCUUCUCACCGGGCCUGGAAGAGGACAAGAGGGAGGCCCCAAGCCCAGGCACGCCAGCAGCCGCCUUCCCCCGGGACAGCUACAGUGGGGAUGCCCUCUACGAACUCUUCUACGAUCCCAGUGAGGGCCCUGUCGGCCCGAGCCUGGACGAUGACCUGUGCGUGUCUGAGAGCCUGUCGGGGCCAGCUCUGGGGACACCACUGUCCAUGUGCAGCUUCCGCGUGGGGGCCGAGGAGAACCUGGCCCCAGCACCAGGUCCCGACCUGCUCAGCCAGGGUUUUCAGCAGAGCUCCUGGAAGGGCAAGGAGUGCCUGCUGAAGCUCUGCGACACGGAGCUUGCCAUCACCAUGGGCAUUGUCAACUGGCUCCGCCGCGGCCCAGAGCUCCGGGCCCCGCCUGCCCCUGCCCCUGCCCCUGCCCCAGGAGAGCCCACAGCCCCACCUGCCUCCCAGAGAGGCCCUAGGAGACAGGCAGAGAGGUUGGAGGGCAGAGAGGACCGGGCCUCAGAUGUAGGCAGGGCCACAGUGUGCUCAGCACCCAGCAGGCAGGAGCUGUGGGCAUGGCCGGGCAGCAAAGGGCUGCUUGUCAGAGAGAAUGAAGUCCCAGGGGGCCCUUUGCAGGGGACCAGCACUAUUUCCAGGGACCUGCCUUUGGAGGAAGUGACACGAGGCUGCCCUGCAGGCCUGUUCUCUUCUGUGGGGUCUGCAGUCACUGUGACAACAGACACUUCUAAUAAAAACAUGGCCCCAAACCCCUCUACCCAGCCCAGCUCCCAGGAGGAACCUAGGCCACUUGGGAACUGGGGGUGUUUUCAAGGUCCCUGGAGAUCAGGCCAUGGGGGGAAUACUUUGGGCACAGAGCCCCUGCUGACAGGGUGUGUGGCCCGUGUGGCAGCCUUGCAGAUCCACCCGGAUGGCCAGCCCUCAGCCACCCGACCUCCAAGUCAGGACACAGGCAGUGGGCUCAUCAGGCAGGCCAGGAGCCCUGACCUGCAGCAGAAACAGCCCAGCAGCUCUCCUAAAAUGGCUGCCGUCCACAGCCCACCCUCUCUGGCCAGCCCACAGGACCAGAGGUGUUGAGUCCACUCAUGGGCCCAGAGCUGGCCCAGAAAUGGGGUCUGCUGGGCUGGGUGCCCAGGCGGGGGUCUCUAAGGGGACCGGACCCUACAGCUGGACUCUCAGUCCUCCUCAGCUCCUAAUGUCCAUUAGGGCACCCAGGGCCAGCCCCCAGAAAUCCUGGGGCCUCUCUGCAGACAGCCAGCAGGAGGGAAAUCCCUCUGCAAGUGUCCCAAGUGCUACUGCAGCCUCCUUUGUGACCAGCAGUCAGGCCAGCUGUGGCCGAGCCCCACCUGUAGGGCAGGCUCCUAUUUAACUCUCUGUGGCCACAGCAGGACCGUCUCCUCCAUCGUCGAUCCCUGCUGUGAGUACUGUGUUAAGAGGUGACAGGGCUUGCCCACGCAGGGAGGUGAGGAUCUUCAUGAGGGUUGUCAUUGAUUGACCCAGUGGUAGCCCAGGCGGCCGGAGAUCAGCUGCUUCUUCUGUAGCUUCAAACUGAUGGAAGAAAAGGCACUCACUGGAAAGAGACCCAGCCCGUGCACCGGACACGUGCGGUGUGUGAGGUCCCAGGCUCAUGGGAGGGAGACGAUGAAAGGAGCCCAGGAAUGCUGCUGCUCCCCCCCCCUCCCCCCCUCUCCAGCUCUGUGCCCUGGGACAGUUGGUCAUAACACACAGGACCGGAGUUUCUCCUCGGGAAUUCAAUUUUCAGCAAGAGCCUUGAACCAACCAGCAUCCUCCUUACAAUGUAACCCCAUCGGGACUGGCUGGACCCUGCCAGCCCUAAUCAACAGUGUUGCAGGUUCCUCUGUUGCAAACAUCCUGUACAAUAAUUCCUCCGCUUGCAUUCUCUAACUGAAGUCAUGGAUGACAAAAUGCUCUUUGGGAAGAAGCCGACCGAUCUUCCCAAGUCUGCCAUCCUGCCUGGAGGCAGCCAUGGUCUUUGGCUCUGCCUCUUCUCAUAGUUGACCUCCGCCCCUUCAGGAAAAUUUGCCUUUGAAUGGGCCUGUGCCUCCACCACUAACAGUCACCACACAUACAGUGCCCAUUCAGAACUGCAAGGGGACAUGCGGCUGGCAUCCUCAGGAAGGGCAGGUGUCUGUCCUGGCCUGGCAUCAGGCCAGCAGGUGCAGGGACAGAAGGCCCAUCCACAUUCCCCAGGAUUAGAUUCUACCUCAGCCAACACACCCGGUGAGCCAUGGAGAACGGGGCAUUAUGGGCAGCUGUGAAGUGCAUUUCCGAAGAAAAGGGCACCAGAGGAAAAGGCGAGGUCAGGUUCUCCUUCUCCACUAGAGAAGGUCCAUUUCACACUGGGCUUCCUCGGGGAGGAGAGGAAGGUGCCGUCUCUGACCGCAGGAAGAGGCAGGGGAGGAGUUCCAGAUGGGGCUGCAGUCCCACCAGGUGGCAGGCUCCCAGCCCCUCCUGAUCUGGUGUCAGGCUGGAGGAGACCCUGAGGUCCUUUUCACAGCAGCUACUGAGGCUGCUGCUGUUUGUCGGUCACAGGAGCAGAAGUCUCUGGCCAGACUCGGCAGACCUGGGGUGUAGGAGGCUCUGACCAGGCCUGUGCAGCCACACCCGAGCCUCGUCCCAGGUCCUGUGCACACGAUCGUGGCGUGCUCCUGAGCCUGGCUGUGAGCAGGCUGCAUGUAAGUCGGUGUGCCCGAUCCCUGCAGUCAUUGCCCUCACUGUUCAGACCUAGAGAUGGAGGCACGAAGGGCUGCUGUAGCUUGCCCAGGGACACCCAGCUGGUGGCGAGGUGGACAGAUCUGAACCCUGGCCCCCCUCCAAAGGCCCUGCAACUUCACGCUGGGCUUCCACAGUGAGCUCCGUCAUGGAGCCUUCGCUUUGACCUUUCAGGUAUCCGAGCGCCCUGGGGAUAGCCAGGGUCUUCAUCGGCAGACUGGGAGCUGGGGAGGCCGCCUCGCUCAGUCAGCCUGCGGCUUCACUCUUGCUGGCCCACACAUGCUGGACGAGACUUGUUCACAGAAUGAAAUGUCCAAAGGUGGCUGUGGUGUUCUGAUUUGCCGACUGACUUGAGCUGUGUCUGGAGAGCAGCAGAGCUAAGCUCUAAUCCCGACUCCAGCCUCCCUGUGGCGGGCGAUGAAGCGCUUCCUCAUUGUGCUUGUCGUGGUGGUGACUUGUGAUGGGGAGACCCCAGCCAGGCCCGAAGGCACCCCUAGAGUGGGAGCCCAGGUGAUUUGGGCACAGUCACAAAGGCCUGGGCUAGGAGGGGGACUAAGGGGCACCUAGGACCUGGUGGUCUACAGGGACCUAGCAGUAGGGCAGCAAGAACAAAGAUCUAGGGCACGCUUCCUGGGGAGGAACCACUGCCCCCUUGACCCUGGGCUCCCUGCCUACGGGCUUUAAACACCAAUUCUCCAGAGACUCUCACUCAGCAUUUUGGGCAAUAGUUCCCAAGAGUGGCCCUGUGGAAGUCUCCUUCUGUCCUUCCCUGAAGGGUGAGCUCUCCCUGAAACCCACCCCUGGGGCUACCCUCCCUGGGGAGAGGGGCCCUGCUAGACCAGCCUAGCCCAGCUCUGCAUGCUGCAGGGUGAUGUGGGGAAGGGAGAGGGGAGUUUCAGGGCCAGCCAGCUCUGGGUCUGGGAGUGGAAGAGCCUGGUUGGGAGCACCGGAAACUCUGGCCAUUUCUAACCCUCUGAAGAGGUUGCUACAGGGUUAUCUCAUGUGAAAUAAAAUCCUGAGAAGCAGGUGGGUUGUCUCCAGCUCACAGCUAACCUCCAAGGCCACAGAGUAACUGGUCCAGUGUCCCAUAGUUGGUAGGGUGUGUCUCCCAGGGGCCAUAACCUUCUCCAAUAUGCUAGAAAGCUAGAACAUGCUGGUCAGGACUCAGGGUUAGGAACAGAGAGAGAUGAUAAGAGCAGAAGGAAGAGAGAGGGACAAGAGGGGAAGAAAAGGUGGGUGGGGAGGGAAGGGGAGGCUGGAGAGAGAGGGGCAGGGUCAGGAGAGGGCGGAUGUGUUGCAAAGAAGAGUGAAGGCCCACCUGGGCUGGGAGGAGCCUGGGAAUGUGUCAGGGGUGCUUCUUAUCUUCCCCAGUUUCCUAUUUUGUUUUCCUUAUUUAUUUUAUUUUAUUCUGGAAUGGUAAAUAAUGCAUAGUAUUUGGAUCUAUUCUGUUGCUAACAAUAGGAAAUACCUGAAACUUGGUGACUUACAAGAACAAAGGUUUGUUCAUCUUGGGGUUUGAAGUCCAAGUUCCAGGAGCUGUAUUACAACAUGGCCGAGGGCAGGAACACGGUGUCUGUGUCGGCGUCUUUGUUCUGGGAUCCUUCCCUCUCCUAUAA